CAUCGUCUGACCAGACUGUACUACUACUGGCCAGUCUUUUUUUGAUACCCCAAACUUCUUUUAGAAUUUAUAACGAUACAAAAAUGUCGUUCGGCAAGCUUUACAGCUUCAAGGGUAACUCCCGCACGACUGCACUCCUCGCGGUCGCAAAGGAAAACAACCUUGAUAUCGAACUCGUUCAUACCGAACCUGGCUCGGAUGUCCCUACAGAAUAUCUGAAGCUUAACAAGCUCGGCAAAAUCCCAACCUUCCACGGCAAGGAUGACUUUGUUCUGACGGAAGCCAUCGCCAUUGCUGUCUACCUUACCUCGCAGAACGAGAAGACAUCCCUUCUCGGUAAAACCAAGCAGGACUAUGCGUCAAUCUUGCGAUGGAUGUCUUUUGCAAACACCGAAGUUCUCCCUCCCCUCGGCGGUUGGUUCCGCCCUCUGAUCGGCAAGGAUCCAUACAACAAGAAGAAUGUUGAGGAUGCACAAAAGCGCGCCAACACUGCCAUCAAGACUCUAGAUGACCACUUUCUUGUCAACACCUACCUUGUUGGCGAGCGGGUAACUCUUGCUGAUCUCUUCACUGUUGGCACUGUUUCCCGUGGUUUCCAAAAUGUCUUUGACAAGAAGUGGCGUGCGGAGUACCCCAACUUCACCCGGUGGUAUGAGACCCUGAUCAACCAGCCUAUCCUCUCCAGUGUGAUCGAACAGACCGACUUUAUUGAGGAGGCUGUGAAGUACACCCCACCAAAGAAGGAGCCCGCCCCCAAGAAAGAAGCCGCUGCACCGAAGCCCAAGGCAAAGGAGGUCGAAGAGGAAGAGGACGAGCCAGCGCCGGCUCCCAAGCCCAAGCACCCUCUCGAUCUACUUCCACGACCGACUUUCGUACUUGACGAGUGGAAGCGCCAAUACUCCAACAACGAUACCCGUGAGGUUGCUCUUCCGUGGUUUUGGGAAAACUGCAACUUUGAAGAGUACUCUCUCUGGAAGGUAGACUACAAGUACAACAACGAACUGUCCCACGUCUUCAUGUCCUCCAACCUGAUCGGUGGUACAUUUACUCGUCUUGAGGCUAGCCGCAAGCACAUCUUUGGAGCGGCAUCGGUGUACGGCGAGAAGGGUGACUCUCUCAUCAAGGGAGCCUUUGUGGUUCGUGGACAGGACUAUCUCCCAGCCUUCGACGUCGGCCCCGACUAUGAGAGCUACGAGUUUGUCAAGCUCGACCCAACGAACGCCGAAGACAAGGAGUACGUCAACGACCAAUGGGCAUGGGACAAGCCCGUUAACGUCGACGGUAAGACGUACGAGUGGGCCGAUGGCAAGGUCUUCAAGUAGACAGCUCUGGCGGGCUCUGAUGGAGUGUUAUGACAGGAGUGGAAAUGAAUGACGACGUCGUUGACAUGGGACAAAGCGAUUUCCUUUGUCAUUUUGAUGAAGCACGUAUUGUAUGCGAUUGAUACGAUUGCAUGCAUAUGGACGUGAUAUGGAUGACGGACAGGAUGGGGACGAAGAUAAGAAAAACGACAUAGCGAAUGAAGUAUGUAGUACUUUAAGGUCUUGCCAUAAUAUACCGAAAGUAGACUACUACGAAGAUGGUGUGCCUGAUAUAUGAUGCAUAUUAGUAGGAGUGAAGGACCAAUGGCAUCGAAGCGUGGACCGCAAAAAUUGGCUCGGUCGUUCAU